UUCAGUCAUUCAUUCAUUCAAAGUUCUCCUUUCCUAAAACAGGAGAGCUGUUUCGCAUUUUAUAUGGAAUUGAGCGACUAGGAUAUAAUUUGACCCGAGAUUACACGAGCUCUAAUAAGGCAGAAGCCGCUGGAGCUGCUGCUUGCAGACUCGAGAAGCCGCCAAUUGCUGACCAGAUGCACGUGAUAUUGUGGGUUAUAAAAGCUAAUGAUAUCAGAUUUCAAACGGGAAAAUACAGAGAAAUCAUCAAGUUUGUUCAGUACCAGCUGAGAAAAGCAACAAUCAAGAUCAUCACUGUCAUCACAUUUGAUGACGAAAUCGCCAAAAAGCCGAAUGCCGAUGAAGAAAGAGAGAGGCUGAAGGAAGCAGCUAUUGAAGUCACUGGAAGCGACAAGAAAAACGGCGUGUUUAUGAUCGCCAAUUCAGUGCGCGGACAAGAAUAUGAUUCAGUUUACAAGAAACGCGUGCUGGAGAUGCUGGAACAAGCAGCUAAGUGCGGCGAGCGAUCUAUAAGGAUGCGACAAACUACAAGAGAAAGCCCCAAGAAGCAGACACGGCAUUCCGAUUCUGAUGCUGGUGCCAAGUGCCCUGUAGAAAACACCGAGGUACCAGGCUAUCCUGAUAAAAAAUGGUGGUCACUGCCACCAGACGUCCCUCACUGAAUGAAGUCUUGAAAACUAGCCUGUGUUACAGACGGAAAUUUAAUUCUAAUGAAUAAACACGGAAAGUACAUUUCCUUCGUAACGCUAAUGCAGGCUAGCGA